AUGCGUCUAUCCUACAGUGAUACUGAUGUAACAGAAUAUGGAGAUGAAAAUGGAACUGAGCAUGUUUCUUCAGUUGCUGAAGGAGGGUCUUUGUUGCCGCGUAUCCCAUUCGAAGAAGGAUAUCAUCGACUUGUUGUAAGAAUCAACCAGAUUGGACUGAAGGAUGCCCAUGUGUACAUUAAUCCAUUUUUUUCUGUUUCUGUGAAAGAUGCCAAUGGUGUGAAUGUCACCCCAGCUCAAGAUACACCCACUUCAAACAGAGUUAAUGGAAAGUUUAUCAACUUUGACACUGAUGUAGAAAUUCAAAAGCCUAUAGAGAAACUUCCAAGAGGUACCGCAAUAUUCUUCGAGUUUAAACAUUACAAACCGAAAAAGGAUAUUGUGAGCACAAGGUGUUUUGCUUUCAUGGAACAGGACGAGUUUAAACCUGGUCCUGCCUGUAUCGAACUCUAUCAGAAACCAACGGAUUUUAAUCACAAGAGGUUAAAUCUAUAUACACAAAAAGCGCUAUAUCUUCACCUAACACUCAAUGUCCUUGAUGACUGAUAUCAGACAAUAGAUAGCAUGCGAGUAAGCCCUUAUUAUUAUCCAACAGCACAAAGUAAAGUACAAAUAUCUUGCGAUAUUGUACGGUCAUUUGGACAGUUGGUUAUUUUGUACUGCAAAAA